GUCCUGUGGCAUCUCCCAGAACGUGGGGGACCGGGCUGGGGGGUCGUGUCCCCUCUGCGCUCCCCCAUGGGCUCUCCCCGGCCGCCCUGGACGCCCCCUAGGACUCGGCAGGAAUAAGGACAGGGGCAGGACACCCAGCAGCCAUGUCCGGGGACUACGAGGAUGACCUCUGCCGCCGGGCUCUCACGCUGGUCUCUGACUUGUGCUCCCGGAUCCAAGAUGCUGAUGAGAAAUGCCAGGAGUUCUGGCGCAUCCGGGGCUACCCGCGGCCCUCCGACGCAGGUGUGCGUCCUCUAAGGCCUUCCCGCCCCAGCCCUCUGGCUCGCUCGCCAUCUUGGACAAGGGUCCUGAAGGCCCAGAUAUCUCGGUGAGCCUGCUCUCCGUCAUCGUGACCUUCUGUGGGAUCGUCCUGCUGGGCGUCUCGCUCUUCGUGUCCUGGAAGCUCUGCUGGGUGCCCUGGCGGGACAAGGGGGGCUCGGCCCCUGGGGGCGGCCCCCUGCGCAAGGACCCUGGGGCCGGGCUGGCGGGGCUGGUGGGUGGCGGGGCCGCCCACCACCUGGGCCCCGGCCUGGGCGGCCCGCACCACCUCCUGGGCGCGCCCCACCACCACCACCCCUUCUCCGAGCUCCUGGAGCCCGGUGGCGUGAGCGGCCCCGACCUGCCGGAACCCUCCUACCUAGACAUGGACUCCUACCCGGACGCCGCCGCUGCCAUGGCCGCCGGGGUCAAGCCCAGCCAGACGUCGCCCGAGCUGCCCACCGACGGCAGUGCCGGCCCCGCUGGGGGGCUCCUCCUGCUGCCCCCAGGCGGGGGAGGUCUGCCCAGUGCCCAGUCACACCAGCAGGUUACCAGCCUGGCCCCUCCGACCAGGUACCCGGCUCUCCCUCGGCCCCUCACCCAGCAGCCCCUGACUCCCCAGCCCCCUGCCCCGAGCCUGCCAGAGCCCGAGGACAGAGCCCCGGCCCCGGCCCUGCCUCUGCCCCUGCCAGCGGGAGAGGAGAAGUCGAGGCUCAUCGGGCAGAUCCAGCCGGAGCUGUACCAGGGGGCCGGGGCCGGGGGCCGGCGGGCAGGGGCCGGGCCGGGCGGGGGACCGGGGGCCGGCCGCUUCAGCUUCGCCCUGCGCUAUCUCUACGGCUCUGACCAGCUGGUGGUCCGGGUGCUGCAGGCCCUCGACCUGCCGGCCAAAGAUUCCAAUGGCUUCUCGGACCCCUACGUCAAGAUCUACCUGCUGCCCGACCGCAAGAAGAAGUUUCAGACCAAGGUGCACAGGAAGACGCUGAACCCCGUGUUCAACGAGACCUUCCAGUUUGCCGUGCCGCUGGCCGAGCUGGCGCAGAGGAAGCUGCACUUCAGCAUCUACGACUUCGACCGCUUCUCCAGGCACGACCUCAUUGGCCAAGUGGUGCUGGACAACCUCCUGGAGCUGGCGGAGCAGCCCCCUGACCGGCCGCUCUGGAGGGACAUCAUCGAAGGCGGCUCGGAGAAGGCUGACCUAGGGGAGCUCAACUUCUCCCUGUGCUACCUCCCCACGGCCGGGCGCCUGACCGUGACCAUCAUCAAAGCCUCCAACCUCAAAGCUAUGGACCUCACGGGCUUCUCCGACCCCUACGUGAAGGCCUCCCUGAUCUCGGAGGGGCGGCGGCUCAAGAAACGCAAGACCUCCAUCAAGAAGAACACCCUGAACCCCACGUACAACGAGGCGCUGGUGUUCGACGUGGCCCCCGAGAGCGUGGAGGCCCUGGGGCUGAGCAUCGCCGUGGUGGACUACGACUGCAUCGGGCACAACGAGGUCAUCGGUGUGUGCCGCGUCGGGGCAGACGCCGCCGAUGCCCACGGCCGGGAACACUGGGCAGAGAUGCUGGCCAAUCCCCGGAAGCCUGUGGAGUACUGGCACCAGCUGGUGGAGGAGAAGACUCUGUCCAGCUUCACCAAGGGCACCAAGGGUCUGAGCGAGAGAGAGAGCUCCGAGUGAGCGGUCCUCACGUCCCCACAGAGAAAUUCAUCUCCUCAAAGCCAUAUGGCCUGAAGCCGUCCAGUGCUGGGGAGGGAGGGAGGGAGGCCCCAGGCUGCUCCCCCACGGCCUCCCCAUCCCUGCCAGGGCCUCGAGGCUCAGAGGAGGCCCUGCCUGCCCCACUGUGUCGGUCCUCCUGUCCUCGGGCUCCCCCUGAGGGAGGCGCUGUGCAUGUCCAGGGGCCCAGCGGGCCCUUCCCCUCCGUCUGUCUGCCGUCUGAUCCGCGUCUCCCCUCCCUCGAAUUGCUGUGACUGUCCGGGGGCUCCUCCUGGUAUCUGCACCCCCUCCCCCUGGCCGGCCUCUGUGCGGGGCCCGCGGGGCUGGCUCCUCGUGCCCAGCUCCUCCUGUGUCUGUCCUGUGUCUGGCCUCCCUCACUGCUGCUGCUAACACCGGAAUAAACACACGCCGUGGGUCUCUC